AUGUCUUCCCUUGAUACUGAGGAUGCCCCCCAAGAACCCUCGCUCUCAUCCUCAAGCUCCAAGAAGAAAAAGAAGAAAAGAAAGUGGCUUCAGCAAGAGGCCACUAUCCAAGCCCUCACCAGGGCUGGCCACAGGGCCCUACUGGCUGGCUGGAACCGUGAGGCCUUGACCAGCUUCCAGAGGGCCUUCCUCCUGGCUUCCAAGUCACCACAAACCAGAGACACCCCUGUUCUCCAGGCCUGUGCCUUCAACCUGGGGGCUGCCUACGUGGAGACUGGGGACCCAGCCAGAGGCCUUGAGCUGCUCCUACGCGCUCAGCCUCAAGAGAUGGCCCCGGGCGGGUGUCAUGGCGACCAGUGUUUCAAUGUGGCUUUGGCCUACCAUGCCCUGGGUGACCUGCCUCAAGCUUUGGCCUGGUACCACAAGGCCCUGUGCCACUACCAGCCACUAGGUGACCAGGGACAAGCCCAGGCAAAAAUGGGAGCCUGCUACCGGGCUCUGGGACAGCCUGGGCUAGCAGCCCACUGCCUGCAAGAAGCGAGCCGGGCCUAUGCCCAAGCAGGGCAGCCCCAGGCUUCAGCCCUGGCAUUGGGAGCUGCAGCAGGGUGUAUGCUGGAGAGCGGGCAGCAUGGGGUGAGUGAAGUCAUGCAGGUGCUGGAGGAAAGUCGGAGGCUUGCUGAGAGAAGCACUGAGCAGGGACUGCUGGGGCAACUCUAUAACGAUCUAGGCCUGGGCUACUCCCAGCUCCAGCUGUUCCCGCUAGCGGUAGAGGCCUUCCUGCAAGCCCUGCCCCUGUGCCGGGAGCCAGGAGAGGAGGCCACAGUGCUAAGGAACCUUGGGAUGGCCCACAAUGCCCUCGGCAACUAUCAGGAAGCCCGGGAGUUCCACCAGAAGGCUGCCGACCUGCACGGCUCUGUGGGGCAGCGGAGGGAGCAGGGAUGGAGCUUUGGCAGCCUGGCAUUUGCAAUGAGCCAGCUGGGAGACCACAAGGCCGCCAGAGACAACUACCUUCAUGCUCUGCAGGCUGCCCGGGACACUGGGGACGUGAAGGGGCAAUGGCAGGCCUGUGAGGGUCUGGGGGCUGCUGCAGCCAGACUGGGACAGCAUGACCAGGCUCUGAAGUACUAUAAGGAAGCGCUGGCCCGGUGUCCGAAGGAGUCAGAUUCUGUGCGAGAGCGGCUGGUGGCCAAGCUGACAGAUGCCAUAAGGACCCACUUGGCCCGGGGUGGGCUGCUUCCGACUCACACCCUGACCUCAGCUCCAGGGAGAUCCCUGGCUCCAGGUGGCGCCUGCCUGGUGGAAGGGACCCCAGCCAGGGUAGACAGGGGCACACCAGGAGUGCAGCAUAGAUCUUCUGGUGGGUGGGAAGAUGAGUUAGAGGAAGGCCACGAGGAGAAGGAGGAAGAGUCAGCGAGUGUUCCCACGACAUCUUGGGCACCAAGGCUGGAAGGCCCAAGACCCAAGACCCAUCUCUCAUUUGGAGGCCAAGGCCCCCUCAGAAUGGAGAACCCUGGCCUUCUGGUACCCAGCAGGCCCCGUGGCAAUAGCAAUCUGCACAACCUUCACCCAGCUCUGGAGGUCCCGAGUGUCCCCCGCCUCCUGCAUGGCCUGAGUGUAGGCCUCGGCGAAAGGGCGAGUCCUGCUGAAUGGGGAAACACACGGCUUCAGCAUAUUCCCCCCUGCCCUGGAGCCCACCAGCCGAGGUCAUUCAGACAGCCCAGGAAACCUCCCGGCAGGAACCCUCAGAGGAGAUCCAUGGAGUCUGGCUUCUGCAUAGUCAUGUGA